AUGGCUUCAUCAAUCAGAGUAAAUUAUAACAGAUUCAUAUCUGACAUCCUACUACGGCAUAAUAUCGCCAAGUUUUCAGCGUUAGAGAAAUCAACAGUAAAGUACAUGAUAGACCUAUUCCGCGUUCUGUUGAUGAAUCCAUCGGGAGUAUGGAAAGAAGGGAUUGGUCGAUUUCUGCUCAAAUUAAUCUCUGCGAUCUUACGUUCCAGCCUUUUCUUGGGCUUGAAUGGUUCUUUAUUUAUCGUCUUUUUUUGCCGGUUGAGAGGCUUAUUAGGAUAUUUUACCUAUCCUACCAUCGCUUUCUUGCCUGGUCUACUAUCGAGUGCCAUAGCAGUCCAGUUUGAAAGAGAUACUAGGGUACCUAUGCUUGCUUUGUACCUGACUAACCUGUCAUUAGGAACAUUAUUUAACACUCUUGUAUCGCUUGGCAUCACUAAUGGCAUACCUUAUGGAGAUGUUAUCAUCUUCUGCAUAGCUACUGCUAGUUUAAUGUAUCUUUACAGAUUUUUCAUCGGCCAAGAUAAAUACGAAGAUAAUCAACUUAAUGUUGAACCUUACAAUUUACCGGGUUUCUUGCGAGGAUUUUCCACUGGCUUUGCUAUUUCCUCGUUGUUUGCAAUUUUUAAAAAUAUGAAACAGUUGGGUCGCAAUCCAGCCAGAGUUAUUCAAGCCAUUUUUAGCAAGAAAAAUAUGGGUUUACCAAUGUUUCUGGGCUCCUUAGUUGGCAUAUAUAAGGCCGUCACUUCAUUUCUACAUUGGUUGCAUGGAAAACAUUCUGAAUGGCAUGGCGCUUUAGCAGGUGGCCUUUGUGGUACUUCCUUAGUAUUCUAUAGAAGUGGUACUAUCGCAUUAUAUUUUAUACUUAAAUCACUAGAGGCCUAUUAUAAAUUAGGCAUAGAUUAUGGGCACCUCCCCAGCAUAAAACAUUUCGAUAUUGCCCUAUACUCACUUGCAACAGCAAUUGUUUUCAAUUAUGCGAUUAUAUCCCCACAAUAUUUGCGCGGAAGUUACCAACGUUUCAUUGUUCAGGUUACCAAAGACAGGGUUACUAUAAUAUCCGGAAAUAUGACUAAAGCAUUACAAGCUGCAUUUGCUAAAUAA